CUUCUCAUUUCUCUUUACUUCUCGUCCCGCUUCCCGUAUAUUCUCUCUCUAGAAACCUUCUUGCCGGCCAAACACUCCCGUAUUUUCUCUCUCUAGACACGUCUCUUCUGUCCUCUUCUCUUCAGAUUUUUAUUGCAAUAACCAAACUCUACGUUGUCCUACUUGUGGCAUAAUCCUUCCUCUUCUAGAUUUUCGAUUUCUUUGUCUCCCUUCCUAGACAUAGUUUAAGACCUUAUUAUGGAUCAAGAAAACAGAAAGAAACGAACCCGGGAUGAGUUGGGCGUCUCGAGUUCCGAAUCUCCCGAGGUUAAACUAGCUCGGGUUGACUCGGAGGCUAACUCGCCCCUUCUGGAACCUGACCGAGAUGAACUGGUUGAGGUACGUGAAGAUUUGCUCAGCAUCUUUGAUGAUUCGGAUGAGCCAGUCGUUCAGGGGCUGGAAUCGGUUAUAAAAAGUUUUGAAGAGGAGAUUCACGUAGGGGUUCCGGUGCCGGAUAUGUCGUCAGAUUCUGGUGGUUCCCAAACGGACCUUGGUUACCUCCUAGAGGCCUCGGAUGACGAGCUUGGCUUGCCGCCGACGUUUGCUGUUGGCGAGGAGAAAGACACCGCCGCUGUCGCCGUUUUGCCAGCGGAGGAGGAGGGACCUGGAGCUGUUGGUUUUGUUGAGAUGCUACGGUUUGAGGAUGAGAUACCGAGUUAUGACUCAUUUGAGUUUGGGCUCGUUGGUAACACGGAAGGAAAUCAUAAUUAUUGUGAUAAUAACGGAGAUUUUGUGGCGUUAGGUGGGUUGUUUGAUUAUUCGGACGAGAACUCGGUACCGGCCGAUAUUUCGGGAUUGCUGUGGCAGCCCGAGUUAUCGGCUUUGUGAAAAUAUCUAAAAAGAAUGGAGAAUAAAACGUUUCGGGCAACCCGGAGUUUGUAGGGUAACCGUACGUUUCAGUAGGAAAGAAGUGUGUUCAUAUAUUAUGAUGAUGUUUAGGCUGUAAAUUUUGGAAAGAAAGAAGUAAUCAAGGAAGAAAAAUAGGUGUUGAUUAUGAAUUAAUUUUUUCA